UGGCAAGGGCUCCCAAAGUCGAAGUGCGUCACGAGUACCGUGUGAUGUUUUGCUUAUGAAUGGACGGUGCAGAGAGCCUCGCGCGAGCAGAUAAGAGGCAAUUUUAUCAACAAAAUAGGGGAAUUUUUUUAAAGCUUAUCGACAGCUAUCACAAUCCAUUCAUAAAUACGUAACUUCAACAAAUGAUGUCAUAUGAUAUGAUGCAAUACGCCUAAAGAGUAAUGUUUAUACGGUUUUAAAAAGUGUCAUUUCAUUGUGUAGACUAGUAUAAGCUGAAACAGAAAGAAAUCGUUUUUUGUUCCUCUGUGUUAUUCUAGUAUAUUGUCAAUUAUCUCUCAAGUUAUACGGUGCAUCUUUCGGCCAACCUUCGACCAAAACCGGAAGCAAUGAGGUCGGCCGACGCUGAUUGGCUGACAGCGUUACACGCCUCUGACUCACGUCACGCGACGUCAUACGUAACAGCGGCACACCGAUGAAGGUUAGUUAUGUGUGUGUUCGGCACGUCAGAGGGAAGAAUGGACACACACAUGUGACAUCUCUCCGCGGGGCCCGCCACCAUCUGAUAACAUGCAUAUCGCCGAUUUCGUGUCCGGAUCAUUUGCAGUCCUUGUCGCUCUCUUUCCUCUGUAAACACGCAGGGGCUUGUGGAGUGGCCGUGGGCUACCCCCUCGACACCGUGAAGGUCCGGAUCCAGACCCAGAAACAGUUUGCUGGAAUAUGGCAUUGUGCUGCCACAACAUUUUCAAAAGAAGGGGUGCAUGGCUUCUUCAAAGGCAUGUCCACACCCAUGGCCACAAUCUCUAUGACUUCCUCCGUGGUAUUUGGUACAUACAGGAACUGCUUGCAGUGUCUCAGCCAGUUACGUGGGGGCGGUGGUGGUCCGAACAGCAAAAUAGAAGUCUUCCUGUCUGGCUUGGUGGCGGGUACAGCUCAGAUUUCAGUGAUGGCUCCAGGUGACAUUGUGAAAGUUCGACUGCAGUGUCAGACAGAGUCCAAGCGAGGAGGAAGCAACAUGCGCAAACCGAAAUACCGUGGUCCAGUUCACUGUCUGCUGCGCAUUAUUAAAGAGGAGGGUUUCCUGGGGCUGUACAAAGGAGCUCUUCCGCUUAUGCUCAGAGACGCGCCGUCAUUUGCCAUGUACUUUUUGACUUAUUCCAUUAUUUGUGAAUGGCUAACAGAUCAUGGCAAGAAAAGACCAGAUUGGAGCGGUGUAAUGCUGGCUGGUGGAGUAGCAGGAAUAUCAGGUUGGACUGUAGGAACACCCAUGGACGUGAUCAAGGCUCGUUUGCAGAUGGACGGCGCCCGGGAGACAAAGCGGUACCGAGGUUUUUUGCACUGCGUGACUGACACAGUGCGGGUGGAAGGCGUCGGGGUUUUCUUCAGAAGCUUAGGCAUCAACUGUGUGCGCGCUUUCCCCGUUGGGGUUGUCGUGUUCUUUACAUAUGAGGUCCUCACCGGUUUCCUCCGAGCCAGACCAGACAGUGUUGACACGCCUCGGCUGGGGUUAGAAUAGUAUUGACUGCUCAUCAUGUUCUGUUAUGCAGUUUGUCUCUCUGUGUUUAGUAUAUGUGUGUUUUAUCGACAUGCAUGGUGGUUGCAAAGACAUUUAUAAGACAAAUAUGUCUGUUGCAUUGCAAUAUUUUUAUACUAUUGAUAGCUGUUAGUAUACAUCAUAAAAAUGUCCAUUUAAUCUUCCUUGCACAUAUAAUAUUCAGCUAGUGAGGGUAAUAUAUCCUAAUAUGCUCAGGGGAAACUUGUUAGUAAUUGGCACUGCUGAUAUCAGAUGUUGGACUAUGCAGUAGCCAAACACUAGAUGGCCCCCCUGGCCUUUUCUGGGGGGGUUUCUUCAAGGGGUUUUUUCUGUUCAUGACAAGAAAAUCGUCUGCAUGACUGGUGUCGUUUUCACCAGAGCAGCAGCAGUGAACCAAGAAACUGCAAUACUUAUAGAAUUUAAGUUGCACUGGACUGAACUCAAGAAGAACCUGGAUGUAGAAUUUUAUGAAUGAGCUUCGGUACGCACAAUUAUGAAAGCAUGAAACCCAUGAGCUCAGAAUGAAUACAAAUUGUAAUUUGUAAAUCAAAAUGAGUGAAUAUGUGCUUUCAAGUGUCAAACAUAUAUGUGGCCUAAUAUUAGGAAAUAUUCAAAUAUCUGAGUUUUAGCUAGUUACAUUUUUCAUAACUGGGAGGAACUGUUACUUUCACAGUAAAAUAAUCUCAAUCGAUACACAAAACUGUUGACUUCAUCGGCCCAGUAUCGAUAAAAUUGAGAUUGCACACAUCGGACAUAUCCAUGUGCUGUGCUGCUUCAUGAACCGUGAAGCUGUAUCGCCAUCUAGUGUGCAAGUAGGACACUACCUUGCUAAUGUCAUCCACAUUGGUGUCUGCAAAUCUACCUUUGCUCACACCAAGACUAUACUGAUGUGUGGCUCUAUUACAUAUGUAUCUAAACGAUGCUCUUGAUGGCUCUAGUUACUGGAAAUCAUAUUGUUAACUUUACUUUUGACUUGUCUUUAAAUUUCUGCAACAUGCCCACGUUUGGUUAUGAUUUUAAUUUAUUUUGUGUGUGAUACAGUAUCUACAAGUUGGCGGCUGCUUAAAUGAUUACAUGAAAAUAUGUAACUUUGUGACUUUCAUUUUAACUUGAGUCAGCCGUUAUUUUGAAGGUAUGCAAAAAUGGUCAGUGUAACAAUAGAUAUCUGAGUAGACAACUUAAAUUACACAACUUCAAACCUCAAAAACUGUUCACGCCGUUUUAUCUGAUUUGAGGUGAACCAUGCAGGAACUGUUUGUUACUGUUUUUCCAUAAAAUCUCAAACCUAACUUGCUUUCUAACAAAAAACUACUGGCAAAGUAUUGAUCAUUACAACUGAUUUAAUGGUUUAAACUUAAUAUAGCCCGCUGUAGCUGAAAGAUCGGUUCAGUAACUGUACACUGAAUGAAUUUAGAUAUAACCCCUGGGUGAGAUCCCAGGGAUUAUAUCUUGAACACGGCAGCCACCUCUUCCAGUUAGAUGGACAAACAAUUAAGUAAUUAACUGAAUCCGAUUAUCCCACACGCAAUAUCAAGUGGAAUCCAGGGAACAUUUUGAGAAGUGAUUGAGCGACUCACCACUGCUCCUGCUGGCGCGCAGACAUUACUACUGCAAUCAUUCCGUCCCCCUUUUACUCUUUCUGUAUUUGGGGUCUUGUGGUGAGAACCAAUGUUUUCAUCUGUUUUACAUGUGUAAUCGGCCCGUGUUCAUUCCACCAUGGGGGCACUAAAGGCCUAUUCUAAAGAACUCAACUGUAAUGAUUUAAUUGCCUGAUGGCUAACAGAUUUACUCAGUGGAUGGAGUGGGGUGGUGUUGGGUGAGAACCCAGGAGAUCUGUUUUCAGUCAGUGCUGUGGCAAGCCUUUGUAUUACAUGCCGUAAACAAGAACAAACUAAAAACAAAAGGCUCUGUUUGCAUAUUUGUUGCCUCUCGUUGUGUAUCUGCAAAUGCACUUGUGCAUAUCACCAACUCUCUUACAGACAAUGUAUUAAACUGCAAAACGGAUGAUUCAUAAAACCUGAGUUGUUUAUUUUAUUAUUACUUACUGGUGACCCAGCAAAACAAUUCUUAAAGUUCUGUAUAGUUCGAAUACACUGAUCUGCGCGGGUUUGGCCCUAUAGAAAACAUUGCAGGGCCCGCUGAGUCUGAAUGCUUUAAUUUCAGUUCCAAACCAGUGAUGGGUUUCAUGACCAUGGUUUCAGUCUUGUGAAAAGCGCUCUAUAAAUCCAAUGUAUUAUUAUUAUUAUGACGGGAUUUUCCAUAAUGGGAUACUUGCUGAAAUCCUAGGAAUCACGGGCUGUACUGUGAAACAAGAACACCACUGAAUGUUGCCUUUGUUAGCCCCUUUAAUUAAGCCCUGCAUUUAUUUCCCCUUAUGCAACAGCAGUAAACAACUAUGCAAGCAUUUAAAGAUCUCCCUCAAUUAAGUUGCAGCUAGUUUGGUUGUGAAACGGCCAGCGGAGUGACACCUUUUUUACAACUGCUCUUGAUUUAUUUGUUUGCUGUAUUUGCUGUCCUCGGUAUAAAGCAAGAAACCCCUGUUAUAUUCGCCAUUGAUCAAAAAGGCCUGUUUCUUACCUGGAUUACUACAGUUUCGGACCAUCUACAGACAACUGAAACAAGUUUGACUGCAAGAUAAUAGCGCUACUAACCGACAAAGCAGAUCAUGCGACAGAUUAUUAUCACAGUUGUGACUCUUGUGUUCAUUGAUAAGGAAAUCAGAGGGGUGAGUUCUAGCAUAACUUCCAUCAGAAGAUGCUCGUCAGCUCAUUGUGGGAUUUGUUGGGUUUUCCCUGUAAUAUUGUAAUAUUGACCUCACUAUGUAAAGUGCAUUGAGACAAUGUAUGUUGUGAUAUGGCACUAAACAAAUAAAAUUGAAUUGAAUAGAA